AUGGCAGCAAUUUUGAAGGACAAUUUUGAACCGUUUCUUCAAAAUCGGCUGCCAGGAGUGACUGGGGAAUGGCUUGGUGACUCCCAGCGGCAUCGGCAGCAUUCUCCUGUGUGGCUCCUGACUCUGACAGUCCUCUCCAGAUUGCCAACCAUGGCUCCUGACAACUGCUGUUUACCAGAGCUUGGAAAUAACUGGUCACAAAAUAAGCAGCUUGUAAUCAGUUCAUUCCCAAUAACUGGUCUCUCUCUUUCGGAUGGAGGCUCCCCGAAGAACUAUUUCACAGCUGAAACCUUGUCCAUAUCUGACUCUAACAAGCAAAAGCACUUCACGUUAUUGGUGAAAAUGUUUUAUGGCAAUAGCAAUGAUAUUGGUGAUUUCCUCAGUAAGCAGAACAAAGUAAUCUCCAAACCUUCGGAAGAGAAACAGUCACUGAAAGAUGCAGACCGAUGCAUUGCAUCAGGGUCGCAAGUGGCACUGUUUAUCAGAGUUCGAUCAGAAACAGUCACUACCAGAUAUUUACAUGUGGAAGGAGGAAACUUUCACUCCAGUUCACAACAAUGGGGAGCAUUUUACAUUCAUCUCUUGGAUGAUGAGGAACCUGAAGGAGAAAAAUUCAAGGUGCGCGAUGGCUGCAUUCAUUAUGGCCAGACGGUCAAACUUGUUUGUUCAGUUAUUGGCAUGACACUCCCAAGACUGAUAAUUCGAAAAGUGGACAAACAGACUGCAUUGCUAGAUGCAAAUGAUCCAGUGUCCCAGCUCCAUAAAUGUGCAUUCUGCCUGAAAGACAGUGAACGCAUGUACUUGUGCCUUUCCCAAGAGUGCAUUAUCCAGUUCCAAGCCACUCCAAGCCCUGAAGAACCAAAUAAAGACCUGAUUAAUGAUGGAGCGUCAUGGACUAUCAUUAGCACUGAUGAAGCAGAAUAUGCAUUUCAUGAGGGAAUGGGACCUGGCCAUGCUCCAGUAACACCUGCGCCAGUUGUGGAAAGUCUGCAGUUAAAUGGUGAUGGGGAAGCAGCAAUGGUGGUACUGACUGGGCAGAACUUCACUCCAAGUUUACGUCUCUGAUUUGGGGAUGUGGAAGUGGAAACCAUCUACAGAUGUGCAGAGAGCAUGUUGUGUGUUCUUCCUGCCGUUUCUGAAUUCCGUCAGCCAGUCCAAGUCCCUGUCACAUUGGUCCGCAAUGACGGCCUAAUCUACUCGACUGGCCUUACCUUUACAUAUACACCAGACCCAGGGCCUCGACCCCACUGCAGUGCCAGUUCAAGUCUUCUGGCAUCCAGUGAAACAAACACAAGCAACAAGGCUGUUGAGUGUGGAGGGCAGUUGCAGAGCAAUUACAGUGUCAAGGAUUUUUUAAAUGGCAUGAGACUCUCAUUACUUCAUUCCAAAGAUGAGGACCUUCCAGUAUGUUAG